ACCUCCCUCCUCGCACCCGCAGGGCCCAGAGAGGAAGCCAGAGCGGGGAACCGUCUGAUGACUUACACCAACAGCAAGCUCCUUAACCCGGCUGACCACAGCCCGAUCCCCCUGCCCACCCCCUCCCUGCCUCUUGUAACCCAGUCUCUUCUUCUCUGAGUCCGUGGAAGAGUGAUCCAGGACCAUGUUUGGAUUAAAGACUCCACACUUCUACCUCCCAGGUAUGAACCAUGAGUCCAAUAAAUCAUCAUCAUUAGGAAUGAUCUCCACGGCAACUCGCACCACGGCUACUGUCAGUCCCCUUAGCCCACUAACCAAUGGGAACGCAGUUGCCCAAUCUGCAAACUCCGGAUUCGCUGCUGCUCUGCGUAAACUGGCCAAACAGGCUGAGGAUCCCAGAGGUUCUGCCCUCAGCGGUGAGUCGUCUCCAGUCUCUUCCCCGGCCACCAGCCACAGCUCGCCAGUCACCACUCCGAAGCGGGGCUCAUUAGGGCCCCUCCUGGGCCAGACCAGGGGCCACGGUGUCCCCAGCACACCCCCGGUAGUCACCAUUGCCCCGACCAAGACCAGCAACGGCCUGUGGAGGGCCGACGGACGACAGGUUGAGCCGGGUGUUCAGGGACUCAGUCGGGAGAGGGUGGCUGCUGAGAACACCCAACCACAGCAGGAUAAGAGGACUCCACCUAUCCCUUCAUCUCACCCACUGGCUCACUCCUUUGGUCUCACCCCCAGCUCCAUCAUGCAAGACCCCAGAAUACAGAGCCUUAGUUUGCCUGGGCAGAUGCACCCUGUGGUUCCCUCAGGUGCCGUCCCAGAGGAAUACCUGAGAGCACUCCGGCCCUUUGCCACCUCAGAUGACCUCCGAUUGACCUCUUUGCCCCUGAGUCUUGACCCUGCUGCUGCCGCCCAUGCUGCAGCUGCUGCUGCUUACUAUCAUCCUGCCUACCUGCACCACCCUCUGUCCUUACCAAGGAUGGAGGAGUCUCUGUGUCUCUCUGCGCUGCGGUCGCAGUUCUACUCUGUGCCUGCAGGGGGCGCCUUCCCUCCUCUCCACCCCUCUGCCCUCCACUUGCACCUGCCUGGAGGCCGCUACCCUGGAGAACUAAAUCACACAGCGCUGGCCGAGAGGCUACAGAUGGAGAAUGAGCUCCGCCAGCGAGAGAGAGAGCAAGAGCGUGAACGAGAGAAAGAAAGGGAGCGCGAGGCUGGGCUGGAACGAGAGCGGGAGAGGGAGAGGGAGAGAGAGAGGGAGAGGGAGGAGGAGAGGGAGAGAGAACGGGAGAGAGAGCUGGACAGACAGAAGGAGAGGCAGAGGGAGAGACAGCAGCAGAUGGUCAGAGCAGUGGAGAGCCACUACCUGGCUGAGCUGCAGGCUCGGAGGGCACCACCGGAGGACAGGGCCAGGCCAGGGGAGAGGCUGACCCCAAACAGACUGGAUAAACCCAAGGAUUCUGAGCAUCCGGGUUUCCCAGCACCUAAACCUCUGGCCCUGCAGGCUGGCCUUCAGUCCUCCAGGGGCUCUGUCCCGCACCCAGUGCCCAGUCUGGUGCCUUCUCACCUGGGGAAGCAUCACGCUGCUGCUGCUGGUGCUGCUGGGGGGAUCCAUGGAGCUCUGGCAGCUGCCAUGAUGACUCAGAGGGCCAACGAGGAGGCCUGGUUAACACGGCAACGAGGGCAAGGGCAAGAGAGGGAGGCUCAGCUGGAGCUGGGCCUCAGGUCACCAGGGAAAGGGGUGGAUCCAAGAAGAGACAUCCACAGAACCAAUUCAGUCCAUCACAACCCAGGCAGCAAAGAUGUGCCCCCUUGCCUUGGUGCUCCGCCUCCUCUCAUCUCUCCUAAAGGUCCUCAUCAUCCUCCUGCCCCUCCGACUACACUUUGGAACCCAGCUUCCCUUGUUGACACACCUGCAGACUCCCGCAGAAAACUCAACCCUCCUACACCGCCAAGCCGACCACCUCCGGGACUGACAAGAGCCGACAGACCCCCGCUAAGCUGGGGGGACAAGCUGGAAGAAGGAGGCAAGAGGAGGGCAGAAGGCACAGAGAGGUACCCCUCACUGAGGGGAGCUAGUUUACUGGAGUCCUGGAACAGGGCUGAGCAGGACAGGACCAUCCAGAAUCUCUACCACCGGCAUCACAUCAGUAACCUCCACCAGAGAUCCUGCGUGCCUCUGUCGGUCCCCAGCACUGACCUUGGGGGGCGGUGCCAGGAAGCCUCCCCAUCUCCGGUGAGGGAGCGACAGAGUCAGGCGCCUGACAAUAUGCUGGUGUACGAUGAGGUUCUGCAGCAGCACCGCCGGCUGCUCAGCAAGCUCGACCUGGAGGAGAGGAGGAGGAGGGAGGCCAGAGAGGGAGGUUAUUACUAUGACCUGGAUGAGUCGUAUGAUGAGAGCGACGAGGAGGAGGUGAAAGCCCAUUUGAGGAGAGUGACAGAACAGCCCCCACUCAAACUGGACACAUCCUCCGAGAAAGUGGAUUUUCUGCGUGUGUGUGGUCUGACCACACUGGCCCAUCGCGAUGAGCUUUUGGCGCAGAAGAGGAGGAAGAGGAGGAGGAUGAUGAGAGAGCGCAGCCUCUCUCCGCCAGCCGUGCAGGGCAAGAGAAAAGCCUCUUCACCUUCAACACCUACAACUCCCUUAAGUACCCCGUAUUCUGCCGAGCAGAUGGACAACACCCCAGAACUGCCAGAGAAAAAAGACUUCCUCCUCAUGUUCAACCUCUCCCAUGUCAGCCCACAGCAGAGAAGAGAUAAGGAGAGGACAGAAGAGCUGCUGAGGGCCAUUCAGAGGAAGACUGUGACGUUAGACACUCUCAGAUAUAAUCCUCUACCUCCGUGUAGUAGUCCUCCUGCUCCCUCAACUGGUGACUCUUCCUCAGCCCCUCUGCCGUGUCAAUCAAACGGACAUCUGUACCCAGACUCUCCCAGCCCCUCCCCUCCUUACUUAAAUAAACCUAAGCACCUCCACAACGACACAGUCAAACCCUCCAUGGAUUCCCAGAGCGUUCGCAUCCCUCCACCCUUAGCCCCCCAUCAUGAAAAGUUUGAGUUCGCCGAGGCUCAGCCAAACAGGAAGCUCCAAGGCCUCCAGAACGGCGCUGUGGCUUCUACUCAGAAAAAGGAGCUGGUGCAGAAUGGAAGGAACCGGCCCUGGGAGAGAUUCACACCUGAGGCCUUUGCUCAGCACUUCCACCAGGCUGUGCUGCAGUCAACUCACAUCACACUGCAGAACAAAGGAGUCUCAAAUUGUGUCCCCGAGGCAGGCGUGAAGGCUGAGCACCCCUUGCCUCACAACAUCUCUCAACCGAAACCUUCAAAUUCUAACCAUGCUCCUCAGCACGCGCACAUCAACGGCCAUCACCUCCAUUCUCCUGUGGGCGGUCGGAACAUGGCAGCACCACGGGAGUACCUGUCUGAUGAGGACGAGGAGGAAUCUGGGCAGGAGGAGGAGGAUGAAGAGGAUGAGGAGGUGGAAGAAGCUCCAAGGAAGUGGCAGGGUAUUGAGGCUAUUUUUGAGGCCUACCAGGAGUAUGUGGAUGAAUGGAGCAUAGAGCGGCAGGUUCUUCACAGUCAGUGUAAAAGACUUGAAGCACAGAACUAUAAUCUGACCAGAACAGCAGAGCAGCUCUCUCUCACUAUGGGGGAGCUGGUGAGUCAGCGGCAGAAAGUGAGAGAGGAGAGAGAGAGGCUGCAGGCCCAGCUCGAGCACUUCAGGAGAUGUUUGACACUACCUAACAUUCACUGGGGCAGGGGGCAAGUCAACGGACACACACCGAGGUGACCUCUGACAGCAACUCUCUGACGGAUACGCCUCUGACAGCGAAGGAACAGUAACAAGAACAAGAUGGACUGGAGCCAGACCACUCUCCGCACUUGAAGCACUUGAAGGAGCCAGUUCUUGUCUUGUUACCUUUCUGGCCAAUCAGUUAUGUUACCUGACUGGUUCCAGAUUCAAUUGAUUACCUGCCAUGUUUGCCACGGUAACAGCAACCUAUUGUGGCCAUAUAGUCUGGGCAUUCCCAGUCUCUCUCUCUCUUGUUCUGCCCAUGGACUGUAACAACACUGUGUAGGUCAAACAGCGUCUUUGUGACGCUAACCACUCCCACUGGUCCCUGAGUUGGCUUUAAGGACUUACCACAAUUUAGCUCAUAUCAAUUUCUGUAAAAACUGCAUUGAUCCACACUAAUGAGAUGUAUCACUUGGCACAAAUCUGUAGCCUCUCUGGACAGUAAUGAAAAGAGACUAAGGGUGCAGCGGUCACUUGGUUAAAACUCAGAGAAUAAAGAUUGAGUCAAGGAAUCAAAGCACACCUCAGGCCUUAAACUUGACAGGAUGCACUUGAAAUGGAAUCUGAGGAAAUACUUGACCGUCCUCUGUGUGGCAUAAUGUUGUAGUGUCUACUGAGUACUGUAUCUGACAGAUGAAGCAGUUUUUUGUGCUGGUAAUGGUUCCACAGAGGAUCGGAAACAUCUAAAAAAAUAUUAUCUAUAUAAUGGCAAAUGGUAUCAGUGAAGUUUUUUUUUUGUUUUGUUUUGUUUCUAACAUUUUCCAUUGGUAAUGUCACUUGUGAUAGACGAAGAAUUUUGUAUGUUUUAUUGUUUUAACCAUUUCUUGUGGGAAGCCAUAUGUUUUGUUUGAACUGCUGCUGGUCAGAAUAAAAAUGUUUAGAAACUGAAGGAUGUUAGGACAGUUAUAUUUGAGAAAUGUCAUGUGAUGUCACAAUGUUUGGGGAUGGACAGAGAUAAGAAUGGGGCUGGAGGACAACGUGGCAAAUGCCAUCCUUUGUCUCAGAACAUGAUCAAGUUCCACUGUUCAGAUGGUUUAUCCCAGGGUCUCUGUCCUAAGCCCCUCACAUGCCUAUAAAUGUUGACAAAACUUGAAGAGAAUAAAAGUUGUGAUUUGAUUUCAUUGGUUUGAAGGCCUUUUGAAAAUUUCUACAUGAUGUUAGACAAUUGGCAUCACUUGAGGGAGACUACAGUCAUUUAAAGUUAUUUACGGCAUUAUUUUGAAUAAGUAUGUUCAAAUUAAGAUGAUAGAAAAGCCAAAUUAUUAUUCACUUACAUUUCAGGACUAAUAAACUGUGUCUUUUCUCUUGAUAGUCUUAAGAGUACUUGAAACAAUUCUGUAAUUGUUUAUGGGUAACAUGAACAUCAGAAUGGCACUAUCCUUCUGCAGAUAACAAACUACACCUCCUGUGGUCUUUGGAUGAGAUUUAGUUUUGUUCAAGCCAGAAAAAAAAACAGUCACAAAUUCAUCAUUCUCUUUGACUCUGAAUAUCGAAAAUCCCAGGAGCCGUUUCCUACAAGCACAAACUACAAUAGCAAUCUUCCCAAAUCACCUGACAUCCCUGCAUCACCUGUUCAGUCUCCUCGACAAACUUGCUGUGAAAUCCUGCAUCUUUGUUUCAAUCAGUUGUUAUGUAAUGUAUUCUUUGGGCUGUAUAAUUGCAAUGAAUUAUUUAUUAACAUAUAUUGCUGUACAUUCUGAUGGAAAUUUACAUUAAAAUAUUUGUAAAAUGUCUUUUAUCUGUGAUUGUCACGCAUCUGGGGAGAGAUGAGAGUUUUCACUUAUGAUAAAUAUUAAACAGUUGCACAUUGUGUGCAGCCAA